CGCAUGCGCAGUAUAAGCUGUUGCAGAUUUACUUCCGUUAGCAGAUUUGGUUGCCAUACUUUCGUCCUGCACGUUGACAUUGAUACAAGGCAGGAUGGGAUCGUGGACUUCAGCGCCUGCUGCUCCGACGGUCCAAGCUGAGGCAGCGAUGGGCGCCCCUCUUCAAGGCUGUCCCAUGCACAAGGAAGGUGUGUCUGCUCAAGCACUGUCUCCCCCAUCACAAUGUCCCAUGCAUCAAGCCCAGCCUGCCGGAGUGUCUCCGCCUGCAGAGUGUCCCAUGCACGGAGCAGAAGCGGGUCCGCUUCACCAGGACCGGGCCUAUGAGUUUGUUUCCUGUCCCAAGAGGGCUGCAGCGGGCUUGACCGAUGACGUAGACCCAACAAACAUGAUGCCCCCCCCAAACCAAACGCCUGCUCCAGACCAGCCUUUCACGUUGUCUGUCUCUCGAGAAGAGUCUUCCAUUCCCCGCCACGGCACAGGCAAGAAGUGGGUGUACCCGUCUGAGCAGAUGUUCUGGAAUGCCAUGCUGCGGAAAGGGUGGCGCUGGCGUGACGAUGACCUUGCUUCUGAGGACAUGAACAACAUCAUCAAGAUCCACAACAAGAACAAUGAGCAGGCGUGGCAGGAGAUCUUGAAGUGGGAGGCCCUGCAUGCUGGCGAAUGUCCCUGCGGUCCUGCCUUGAAGAGGUUUGGAGGUAAAGCCAAAGAAUACUCCCCACGGGCUCGCUUCCGCCACUGGAUGGGCUAUGAGCUCCCCUUUGACCGUCAUGACUGGAUCAUCGACCGCUGUGGGAAGGAGGUACGCUACGUCAUCGACUACUAUGAUGGAGAGGUGGACAAAGAUACAUACCAGUUCUCCAUCCUGGAUGUACGCCCAGCCUUGGACUCUUUAGAUGCUGUGUGGGAUCGCAUGAAAGUGGCCUGGUGGCGCUGGACCUCCUGAAGGUCUCAUAAGUGUUGUUCCCAUUUUCUGCUCUUGGCAAGAUGAGGAAAACUCCAGCCAAUCAUGUCUCUUCAACUUUCUAUGUAUUUACUCAACCAGAAGUCUCUCCACAGUGGAAGAAGUCUCUCCACAGUGGAAGAAGUCUCUCCACAGUGGAAGAAGUCUCUCCACAGUGGAAGAAGUCUCUCCACAGUGGAAGAAGUCUCUCCACAGUGGAAGAAGUCUCUCCACAGUGGAAGAAGUCUCUCCACAGUGAAAAACAUCUUUUCAGCUUUUAGCCUCCUGUUAGCAUGGAACCUCGUUAUCACCCAUCUAUGAUGUCAUCAGCACUUUGCUAACACCUCAAUUCAACAAAUAACUUCUUCCUUUACAUAUACUGUAUGUACUCCCCCCCACCACCACAUGGACUCUGUGUAUGCGUUUCCAUAAAGGUAGUUUUCUGCGUGUAAAAUUCCAAUAGUUUGGUGUCGAUGUGGAAGAGGAAGUGGUGGAAGUGGAAGUGGUGAGGGCGUGUGUGUGUUCGGAAAAGAUGAAUGACUAACCGAGGUUCCAGUGGAUAUAUAGCCCAGGCCGAGAGCGCCCCCGCGUGGCUGCCAAUGGUAAUGUCACUCGAUGCUUCACGAACGAACAUUUCCAACCAUUGUCACGUCUUCAUACUGUACAGUGUACAUCUUGGAAUAUGUAGGUCACACCUGACCGUGGAAGGCACCGGACCAGCCAAAGUGGACGUUAUUGUGCACAAAAGAGGAUGUCCGUUUCCUCUAAUAACUCAUCAAUGUUUCUCUUCAUGUCAUCAUGCCUUGCAGAUGCACUGGCCUGCUGAUGGCCGCAGUAAGAAUAAAUCAACUUCUAAAUGCUGA